AUCAGCACUCGAAAUCACGUAUUUAACGACUCAGUCUUUAUACAAAGAAUGUAUGUAUAUAAAGACUGUUGUUGUAUGCUGUGGUGUUAUUAUCGUCGAAACAGCUGUUUUUCAUUUCGAGCGCGAACAUCUUGACAUAAAGUAAAGUUUGAAGUCUAUCAAAUAAACGAACAUUUUAAUUGUCAAGUUUUCGUCAGUUGAAUACCUAUAGUCGUUUCACUGUAUAUCAAAAACAAUAUCCAAACUCCUUAAAGACGAUGUCGUGUACACCUGAACAAAUAUCUGAAAAACGGCGAAUAGCACUCGAACGUUUGAACAUCAGAAAGUUAAGAAUGAGUACAGCUGACCAAUCACCGACAGCAACACCAUCAGUAAAUCAAAAUUCUUCAAGUGCAGCAACGAGUCCUAAAUCGGUAGCGUCAUUUUAUGGAAAUGAAAAGAACGUAAAGACCGACGUACUAAACGACUACGAGAAUAAAAUAAAGAAAAGUCCAGCGAAUAAAAUUACCAACCGAAUUUUAUCUCAACCGUAUCCCAACAACAAUAACAGUGGACCGAGUACAUCGGGCGCAUCGCCAGGUCCAAAAUUGGCUUCCGUAUUCACGAAAGUUGUGUCAUGUUCUUGCUCGAUGGCUACUCCAAGUCGGUUUCAAGUCACCACUUCUGGUUUUUGUGCCAAACUGGUUGAUAUUUUUAGAACCAUACCAUCAAAGGCUUAUGACACCAGUACACGGAUAUGGUCAUUCGGAGUAAAUGAUUACGAACUGGUACAGGAAAAAGUGAAUUUGCUAAAUCCUGAUGUGGUCAUUGCAGGCCUACCCAAGUUUGUUCUAAAUUUAAUGAGAGAAAAAAAGAAACCUGAAAUCGACCUUCUCCGUCUGCAGAAAAUUGAACCUCAUUUAAGGGAUCAACUGUUAGAUUUUCAAAAGUAUGGUGUCGCUUUUGGCAUAUCAACAUCAGGUCGAUGUAUGAUUGCUGACGAUAUGGGAUUGGGAAAAACGUACCAAGCUCUGGCUAUUGCGAAUUAUUAUAAAGAUGAUUUUCCACUUCUAAUCUGCACCACUGCCACCGCUCGUGAGAGUUGGGCGCAACAUAUACGGAGUCUUUUACCUGAUAUACCGCCCGAGUCGAUUGUUUGCUGGCAGUCAACCCAAGAGUAUAUUGGUAAUGUUAAAGUGCUAGUUACUAGCUACUCCUUGAUGGACAAGAACUGUGAUCGUUUGUGUGAGAAGAAUUUUGGGAUACUAAUUUUGGAUGAAUCUCACACAAUAAAAAAUUUCAAAGCGAAGACCACUUCAAGUGCUUGCCGUUUGGGUGAAAAGGCCAAACGUGUCAUAUUGCUCACAGGGACACCCGCCUUAUCACGUCCGGUCGAACUCUAUUGCCAACUGAAUUUAAUCGACAAAAGAUUUUUCGGAAACUUCAGAGAAUAUGGUUUACGCUACUGUGCUGGAAAGGAAACCACAUUCGGCUUUGAUUGUAACGGUCAGAGUAAUUUGCAAGAAUUGAAUCUUAUUUUGCGACAAAAAUUUAUGAUUCGAAGAACGAAAGAGGAUGUGGAAUUCGAAUUGGGUACAAAAUCGCGAGAAACAAUAACCUUGGAUCCUGAUAAGGUAUGGAGCACAAACGAUCUCAAUAUCCAUGAAGCGGCAAAGAAUGUAAAAAUUUACUCGAAUGAUUUCCUGAAAUCGAGAGGGGAACAGCGCGAGGAGCUGUUACUUCGAUUUUAUUCAGAAACGGCAAAACUGAAAGCCAAAGCGGUUCGCGGCUACAUUAAGAAAAUCAUUCCGGACAAGAUCAAAUUCAUUGUGUUCGCUUACCACAAAGUUAUGCUGGACGCAAUAUCUGACUGUCUGACCAAACAAAAAGUCGACUUCAUUCGCAUCGAUGGCACAACGAAGAGUGAUCUUCGCAACAAAUACAUUGAUCGAUUCCAAAAUCAGAAAUCAUGUCAGGUGGCGUUAUUAUCGUUGAAAGCCUGCAACGCAGCAAUAACACUAACCUCUGCCUCAUUGGUAGUCUUCAGCGAACUAUAUUGGAAUCCCAGUACGCUGGCACAAUGCGAAUCUCGAGCUCAUCGAAUCGGCCAGAAGGGUCCCGUUACCUGUCGGUACUUGCUGGCGAAGGGUACAGCCGAUGAUGUUAUUUGGGAAAUGUUGAAACGAAAGCAGGAAGUCCUCAAUAAAGCUGGUAUCUUUUCGGAAGAUUUGGCAGAUGCAACGCAUACCGCUGAUCCAAUUUCGAAUUCAAACACACUGACUCAAUACUUUCAACCGUUGUUGGCGCCGUCUAAAAAUGAGUGUAACAUGAAUUCUGCUACUGAGACCGCAGGUACGGAGCAAGAAGAAGUACCGAAUAAGGAACAUGAAGCCUACAAAGAUAUGCUUGAUGACGAGGAUGACAUGUUUAUGGAUUUAGAUUAUUAAAACAUCGUUGUUUAAUCACUGUGAAUUCAGUUUUCACUUCGUUUGCUCAAUUUGAUUGUUUACAAUUUUGUUCAAUAGUGAAAUACAUUCAAUGAUUUGCGUAAUUUA